AGAGACAGCUGUGCUAUUGUAUAUACUGUGAUUUUAUUUAUUUAUUUAUUAAUUAUAACACACAGAUAGCCUCCAUAUAUAUUAGGUACAACCACUUACCAAUAAUCACAUGAACAAUGAGUGACAGCGACGAUGAUCCACCACAAUUGUCACUAAGCGCACUUGUUGCACUAGAAGAAUUUCUCAGAGAGAGAGAGGAACGAAGAAUCUUGGAAAACUGUCCACCCGAAAAGGAAGCAAUAUCACAGUUUGCCUUUGAAGAAAAUUGGCAAUUGAGCCAGUUUUGGUACGAUGACGAAACGAGAAGAGGUUUAGCCAGAGGUGCUUUAAAUUCCACACCGGUAGAUGGAAAAAUCGCUCUGAUCUCUUGUCCGUCGAUCUACUGUAAAUUAAAGACAGAAUGCAACGAAAGACAAGUUACGCUGUUCGAGUAUGAUCAACGUUUUGAAGCACUCGGGAAAGAUUUCAUAUUGUAUGAUUACAAUUUACCUCUGGAUGUACCCAGAGACAUGUUCCAUCAGUUUGACCUAGUCAUAGCUGAUCCACCAUUCCUUUCGAACGAGUGUCUAACUAAAAUGGCUGUGACAAUAAAGUUUUUGGCGAAAAAGAACAUUGUAUUGUGUACAGGGGCGGUUAUGGCAGAGCAAGCAGCAAAACUGUUGGAUGUUAAACAAUGCAAUUUCGUUCCACGUCACAAGAACUACUUGGCGAAUGAGUUUUGCUGCUAUUCAAAUUUCGAUUUUGAUACAAAACUGGAAGAAAUACAAUAGUAUUGAAAAAAAAUAAUAGUAUUGAAAAAUAAUAAUAGUAUUGAAAA